GUGGUAUUGUUAAUUGUAUAAUGGGUAUCCUUGUUCUUCUUUCUCUAUUGUCUAUAGUCAUCUCCAUUGUUCUCUUCAUUACCCACACACACAAAAGAAACAACACUCCAAGAGGACCACCAGGUCCUCCACCUCUUCCUCUCAUCGGCAACCUUCACCAACUCCACAACUCAUCCCCACAUCUCUGCCUAUGGCAACUCGCCAAACUCCACGGUCCUCUCAUGUCGUUUCGCCUCGGCGCCGUGCAAACCGUCGUGGUUUCAUCGGCCAGAAUCGCCGAACAAAUCUUGAAAACCCACGACCUCAACUUCGCUUCCAGGCCUCUCUUCGUGGGCCCGAGAAAGCUCUCUUACGACGGGUUGGACAUGGGCUUCGCACCGUACGGCCCGUACUGGAGAGAAAUGAAGAAACUCUGCAUCGUUCACCUCUUCAGCGCGCAACGCGUUCGGUCCUUUCGACCAAUUCGAGAGAACGAGGUUGCAAAAAUGGUUCGGAAACUGUCGGAACACGAAGCUUCGGGUACUGUCGUGAACUUGACCGAAACUUUGAUGUCUUUCACGAACUCUUUGAUAUGCAGAAUCGCGUUGGGGAAAAGUUACGGUUGUGAGUACGAGGAAGUAGUUGUUGAUGAGGUACUGGGAAACCGGAGGAGCAGGUUGCAGGUUCUGCUCAACGAGGCUCAAGCGUUGCUUUCGGAGUUUUUCUUUUCGGAUUAUUUUCCGCCUAUAGGAAAGUGGGUUGAUAGAGUGACGGGAAUUCUAUCGCGGCUUGAUAAAACGUUCAAGGAGUUGGACGCGUGCUACGAACGAUUCAUCUAUGAUCACAUGGAUUCGGCAAAGAGUGGUAAAAAAGAUAAUGACAACAAAGAAGUCAAAGAUAUUAUUGAUAUUCUUCUCCAGCUACUUGAUGAUCGUUCCUUCACCUUUGAUCUCACUCUCGACCACAUAAAAGCCGUGCUCAUGAACAUCUUUAUAGCAGGAACAGACCCGAGUUCCGCGACAAUAGUUUGGGCAAUGAAUGCACUGUUGAAGAAUCCCAAUGUGAUGAGCAAGGUUCAAGGAGAAGUGAGAAAUCUAUUCGGUGACAAAGAUUUCAUAAACGAAGAUGAUGUCGAAAGCCUUCCUUAUCUCAAAGCAGUGGUGAAGGAGACAUUAAGAUUAUUCCCACCUUCACCACUACUUUUGCCAAGGGUAACAAUGGAAACAUGCAACAUAGAAGGGUACGAAAUUCAAGCCAAAACUAUAGUGCAUGUUAAUGCAUGGGCCAUAGCAAGGGACCCUGAGAAUUGGGAAGAGCCUGAGAAAUUUUUCCCCGAAAGGUUCCUUGAGAGUUCGAUGGAGUUAAAGGGGAAUGAUGAGUUUAAGGUGAUCCCGUUUGGUUCUGGAAGGAGAAUGUGUCCUGCGAAGCACAUGGGAAUUAUGAAUGUUGAGCUUUCUCUUGCUAAUCUCAUUCACACGUUUGAUUGGGAAGUGGCUAAAGGGUUCGACAAGGAAGAAAUGUUGGACACGCAAAUGAAACCAGGAAUAACGAUGCACAAGAAAAGUGAUCUUUACCUAGUGGCAAAGAAACCGACAACGUAGCACACGUUGGUACAUUCACUAUAACACACAAGAAAGUUGAUAAUGACUUGUGUAUGCAACUAUGCUCUAUGCACUAUGCACUAUGUUUAUUGACCAUUAAUUACUGGUUCUAUUAUUUGCGUCUCCA